AUGCGUUUCGCUGCUUUUCUGUCUGCAGGCCUUGGCGCCAAUAUCGCAAUCGCAAGUGUAUGCAAGCCUCGAAGUCGGACAUCGAGCGGUGUAUCUACCGAGACUACAUCUGCAUCCACGGCUGAAUCUGUCGCUGUCUCUACUACAAGUACCGACGUCGUGACAACGACUACAGCUUCCGUCGACUUAUCUGUCAGUGUCACAUCUACCGACGACGACAAAACUUCUACCGAGGCGACCGAGUCACAGAGCGCUAGUGUCGAGCUCUCAGCUUCCACUACUACAGAGACGGCUACAACUGAAAUCCCUACUACAAGUGCCGAGGUCACGACAUCUGCUGAAGCAACCACGACGUACGAGGCUACCACCACUGAAGACACAUUUGUGCCGAUUCCUACAUUCAACAUCAAGGCCAUAGGCUCAGAUAUCGACGGCCUAUUGCUGGGAGGCGAUCCAGUUUUAUAUAACAGCAUCGGCUGGUUCAAGCCCUCUCCCCCAAUUCUGACUUUCUCUAUCGACGCCAGCACCAACCACGUACGGGAAAUAAAUACCGGGAAAUACUUAUGUGUUUCUUUCGGUGGCCAUGGUUUUCCAAACAUGAAUGUGCUCUGCAAUCCCGAUAGCCCCGGACUUGGAAGAGAACCCAUCACAUGCGAACAGACUCGCGACCGGAAGCUCAAGUGCUCUGCACCAGCUGGUGAAUGUUACUACGACGAAAUGUCAGAUACUGACUAUUGCUAUGGGGUUCCUGGUACGUGGGACCAGUUUGAUGUGAUCCAUGGUAGGAUUAUCAACACUCCUGCUCUUGUCAUGAUAUCCAGUAGCAAUCCUCCUACGGCCAACGAUUUGGAACACAUCGAGCUUGGGCUCGUUCCUUAUGCGGAUUAG